AUGCCGCAUGUCGAAGUGUUACAGCGCGCUCGAGGACGACUGAGAGCAGCCCUCAACCACCCAUCAUUCUCAUCUUCUUCUUUGGGCCAGAAACGCAUGCGAUUUAUCGUCAUUGCGGCUGUCGUCUUAUCCUUCAUUCUCUUUAGUUUCCAUAGCCACAGAAGCGAGAGCAGUGUCGGUCGAUACCGAAUACAAGCCCCCUUCCGGCCCGAGUCCCAAACCGCAGAGUCUGUGCGAUUACAACGACGUACUGCAGUAAAGAGCGCUUUUCAGCAUGCUUGGACAGGGUACAAACAGAAGGCAUGGCUACACGAUGAACUCUUGCCGGUCUCUGGCGGGUACAAAGACCCCUUUGUUGGAUGGGCCGCAACAUUGGUGGAUAGUUUGGACACAUUAUGGAUAAUGGGAUUCAAGGAUGAGUUUGACGGUGCACUUGAAGCGAUAGAGCAGAUCAAUUUCUCAAAGCCGAAUGCAGAGCGGGUGCCUGCCUUUGAAGUCACCAUCCGAUACUUGGGUGGACUACUUGGCGCAUGGGAUAUCAGCGGGCACAGGGUCGAGACGGGGAAAAUAGCAAGCGAAAAUGGGGUGGUGCUCGCCCAGAUUGGAAGUUUGAGCCUGGAGUUCAUCCGGCUUAGCCAGGUUACUGGAGACGCGAAGUACGCUGAUGCGAUCCAGAAGAUCACAGACCAAUUAGCGCAAACGCAGAAUAAUUGUAAGGGUGAGAGAUUGUCCUUCUCGAGUCGUGAUUUUACACUCGGUGCUUUUGCUGACUCUCUUUACGAGUACCUGCCCAAGACACAUCUUAUUCUACCUUCAUUCUCUUCUGCCGCGCAGCAGUACCUCGAAAUGUACCGCAUCGCUCUCCCCUCCUUCAGCAAACAUCUUUUCUUCCGUCCUUCCCUUCCCGGAGAACCAGAUAUUCUGUACUCUGGCAAUGCCAAUGCAAAUUCCGGCUCUGCACGCCUCGAUACCCAAAUCCAACAUCUUAGCUGCUUCGUUGGCGGGAUGGUAGGAUUGGGAGCGAAGAUCAGCAACUCUCCAACAGAACUAGAAACCGCCAUAAAUCUGACAAAUGGCUGUGUCUGGGCCUAUGAGAAUACACCGUCAGGAAUCAUGCCGGAAAUCUUCCACGUCGAGCAAUGCGCGGACCUUAGUUCUUGCACAUGGAAGGGUCAAGGCGACGGAUUUACGCGUGUCGAUGAUCGAUCUUAUCAACUCCGUCCGGAAGCGAUUGAAUCUGUAUUUGUGAUGUACCGUCGCACGGGUGAUCCGUCAUGGCAGGAGAAAGGGUGGAGGAUGUUUGAGGCUAUAGAGAAACACUCAAGAACGGACAUUGCACACGCAAGACUAGACGAUGUGAUGGAUCCGACUCCAGGCAAGACAGAUUCAAUGGAGAGCUUUUGGCUAGCGGAAACGCUGAAGUAUUUCUACCUACUGUUCAGUGAGCCUGAUCUGGUCAGUUUAGACGAGUACGUCUUAAAUACAGAAGCACAUCCGUUUAGAAGAGGGGCAUGA